GUGAAGAACACGUUCCUGGAAUACGAGACUGGGACCACGCCCAGCGUCGGGCUGAGAAAUAUCUGCUCCGCGGCCGGGCGGUUGGACGCCCUGGGGGAGGCGCGAGGCGUCCACGACGAGGAGGUGCUGGCGCCGGCGGCGCCUCGUGGAUCGGAGGAAGUGGGCGACAUUUCGGUUCAACCUGGUGGCGCCGCCGAGUUGCCGGCGAGCACCCUGCUGGGCGGCGCCUGGCGGGCAGGCGACACAAGCCGCGUGACGGUGAAGAACACAUUCAUCGACUACGCCCCAGAGGAGGACGCCUCGCCGAGCGUGCCACUGCGGGCCGUGCACACGGCUGCUGGGCGCUUGGACAUGAUGGCCGGGCAGGACACGCCAGAGUGA